AUGUCACGGUCGAUUGCGCCCUCGUCGGCGCUCCUGCGUUCUGUGUUCCAGUCCCAGAGCCGCCAAUGCCGACGCUUCCUAUCCACACAGCCCGCAGCCCCCAAGCGGCCGACGCCCUCGAAUGUAUGGACUUCUGCCCACCAGCAAUGUCUGCGCGCAAGGAACCAGAACUGCGAACAGCGCCGCUUCAAGUCCCGGACGGUGGAGGAGGCCAAGAGCAGAUACCGGACGGGACCUUUCUCGUGGAAGGCCGGCAUUCUCUUCGUCCUCACCAGCGCAGGCCUGGUCUGGUACUUCGAGCACGAGAAACAGCGCAUGCAGCGCAAGCGCAUCGCCGAGGCCACCAAGGGCGUAGGCCGGCCAAAGGUCGGUGGAGACUUUGAGCUGGUGGAUCAGAACGGGCGCCCGUUCAGCAGCGAGGAGAUGAAGGGGAGGUAUUCUUUGGUCUACUUCGGCUUCUCUCACUGCCCCGAUAUCUGCCCCGAGGAACUCGACAAGAUGGCCACCAUGUUUGACAUUGUCGAAAAGGAGAACCCCGGCGCUGUCCUCCCCGUCUUCAUCACCUGCGACCCCGCGCGUGAUAACCCCGAGGUGCUCAAGACAUAUCUGAGCGAGUUCCACCCUUCCUUCAUCGGCCUGACGGGUACAUAUGACCAGAUCAAGAACGUUUGCAGGCUUUUCCGCGUCUACUUCAGCACGCCGAGGGACGUCAAGCCCGGCCAGGACUACUUGGUGGAUCACAGCAUUUACUUCUAUCUCAUGGAUCCCGAGGGCGACUUCGUCGAAGCUUUGGGACGGCAACACAGCCCGCAGGCUGGUGCUAAGCUCAUACUAGACCAUACCAAGGACUGGAAGGCCCCUGCAAGACAAACGCGUUACAACGGUCCCAGCCCGCAGAUCCAGUAUCCCAUCCACGAACAGAGCCAGUCGCGCUUGUUCGCUCUGCCUUUGGAGUUGCGCUUGAUCAUCUGGCGUCAAGCGCUCCUGGACGGGGCUGAUGCACAGCACAUCGCCCUCCAAUCGAACCCAUGGCAGCACGACGCUCCCGUUUUCGCGCGGUAUGCUUGCCGCCAGACUCCUGACAAGGCUUUCCUGUCAAAUCACUCCAAGGACUGGCAGUGGAUGAUGCGGGACCAUGAACACAGGGACGGACAUCUAGGCUGCGGCCAGCGGGCUUGGGAGCAGUACCCGCCGCUCAGCUCCCCCAUGGGCCUGCUCCUGGCGUGCAGGCGGACUUACGUUGAAGCGGUUGCCAUAGUGUACGCACGCAUCUGCAGGUUCGACGCCAGGGAGCUGAUGCACUUCCUGGACGAGCUGCCGCCCUGCACGCUGCGCAACAGGAUUACCGAGCUCGAGCUCUGGGUCAGGCCCGGCGUCCUGUGUUACCUCGAGGUCGCGGCUUUGGAGGACUCGGACCCAGGCGUCUGCUGGCCUGAACAGAGGAGGGACUUCGAUUCCGUCUGCAGGAAACUGGCCGCGAUGGGUGCCCUGAAGUGGCUGCGGAUCUCGUUCGACGAGCUGAAAGUCCCAUCGCAGGAGCCGGGGAGCCCCCCACCCGCUACCUUUUUCUGGACGGACGAACGCAGGGUUGCGCACAAGGAAGAAGGGUGGCUCCACAGCGCGGCGUUGAUCAAGGGCGUGGAAGACUUUGAGGUCUCCAUCAACGACGUCGAUGAGUAUGCCGAGGAGUUCCUCGAGGAGUGGGAUGACGGGCUAGGCGGGACGCUGAGAGUUAGGAGAAGGAGGGAGCCGGCGUGGGUCUAUGGCUGGGCAGAUUUGCUUAAGGGGGGUAUCAAUGUUUUGGACAAGGUUUGCGAUAAGUAUUCUCGUCCUUUGCAAAGGGCAGAUCGCAUGUGA